GUGAUAGAAUAGAAUAUAAAAUGAUUCCAGUUACCAAGGAGGUGCAAUGCCAGCUGGCAGAAUCUGAUGAGGCCGAGCAACAGCCGGAGACCAUUGUCACCCCGAAGAGCGGCCGUGUGGGCAUCUUCAAUGCCGAAGAUUUUUUGUCGCGUGCCCAGACCAACGACAAGAUCAACAACAUCUUGCGCUCGCCCACAAAGUCCCCGAAUGGCGUGCGUCAACGCUCGGUGUACACCAACAACAACCCAUCACCGCAGUCGUCGGUUCGUUUGCCUAAUGCGGCAGCAUCGCUAUCAGCUCGUAUGAGCAGCUUGUCGCUGAACAGCGGCAGCGCCAGUGUGGGCACCAACACUUCAGUGCUGGCCAAGGAAUGCUCUAGCCAAACUAAUGCCAUUGGGGCCUCCGGCGCCUAUCGUGCCAUUGGAAUGGGCAUGCACCAGUCGCAGCCGCUGCUCACUGCCGUCACAGACUUGGAGCCCCUGGUCUUGAGCACUAAGUCGCUGACUGCUCGCUUUGCUGGGCCAUUUGGGUAUGACAAUAACGGCGCCUACUGUCAGCCACAACCGCAACCACAAAUUCACCACACUCAGCAGUAUCCGUCGCCCAUGCCGCCUCCGCCUCAUGCCUUGGGUCGCGUUAGCUCUCGCACUUUUGAGUUUGACAAUAAUCCACCACCACCACCGCCAUGCCCCGGCUCCGGACCGAUCGCCAUGUCCAAUGGCACUAUUCAGCUGCGCUUGCGCGAGGGAGUUAGAAUCGAUAUGACUCUGGACAAGGCCGUGCGCGUGUUGAAUCAGCGCAGCAUGGUGGCCGUCUCACUGUCGCGCAACGGCACAAACUCUGCUCUAAUCCAUCCCAAUGGUCGGAUUCUGCAGAGUGGCUCCAAGGUGGAAAUCGUGACCUAUGACGGCAUGAAGGCCAACAAUUUUGUGCGCUAUGCUAAGAUGUGGUACAAGGGUGUGAGCUUUACUAGCGAGUCUUGUGCUUUGAUUUAUCUGGUUGACACUGCUGGAACACGCACUACAACCGACACUUUCACUGACCUGACCAAGGACUACACCCUGGCAGUGUUCUAUGACGACUCGCGUCACGGUCCCUCAUUUGUGUCGGAUGCACAGGAGGUGAUUGCAAAGUCAUCCUACAGUUGCGCAGACGACGGCACCGAGAUGUACGACAUCAAUGGUUUUCGCAUUAUCCAGGCCGCCGAUGGCCUGGUGAAGGUGACUCGCCAACACAACAAGGGNNUGAUUCGCACCAGCCCUGGCAAUGGAUCGGUCACUCUGACCACCCUGGGCAUCCAUUGCACCGCCUCCUUGGGCAAGACCUCGCAUCUGUUUUUACGUCGCAAUGAAAAGCGCAUGCACUUCGAUGGAUCCAAUUUUAUAGUGCGCAAUGCAGGGCAUUCGGCCGGAUUUAACGAGAACAACCUGCUCAUUGUGUACUAAUUUAGUUCCGUCUGAGACACAUACGUAGACGCACAAGACUCACACAAAUACACAAACAGACACCUUAAACAGUUUUGGGGACUGUUGCGCUGCCGAAGCGUGGAGAGAGUAAUAACCAAAAAUACAACCCACAGAAAUAGCUUGAAACUGAAAACAGGCUCGCAAACAAGCGCGAGCGACGCUAAGGCCAUUCUGAGUAUACGUAUAACAUGAAACACCUAAAACCCAAACGCUGUGUGAUUGGGUGACUUUUGGAUGCCUUUCGUUACUCGGUGUAAGCGCAACGCAACUAACAAGGAAUUCGUUUUUAGUUAUCUUUUCAUACUCAAUCUUUUUGAUAUCAGUGAAAAUUCAGUUAAAAA